CGCAUGCGUCUACAAUGAUUUAAGAAGUUCUGUAUUAGUGCGUACUUUCGCGUUGUGAGUCGGCAAAAAGCGAAAACUGAAAACGGCUUUUAAGAUUUUUCGAUAUAUAAGAGUUUUUCGGGUCGCGAUUCAAUACCGAGCGAUGUCGAGCACAGAAAAGAAACCAUUUCAGCGGUUGCCUACAGACGUCCUACCCUGCCAUUAUCAUAUUGUUUUGUCACCGAAUCUUAAAACUUUUGUCUUCGAUGGCAAAGAGGAUGUGCACAUUGACGUAAAGCAAUCUACAGAUACUAUUGUUUUAAAUUCAUUGGAUAUCGAUAUUAAAACUGCAGCUUUCAAUGCUAAUGAUGGAAAAGUUAUUCCAACAUCAAAGAUUGAACUAUGCGCAACAGAAGAAACUGCUACUUUGGUAUUUGAUGAGAAGUUGCCAUCUGGGAAAAGUGGAUACAUAAGUUUGGAAUUUGUAGGAGAAAUUAAUGACAAAAUGAAGGGUUUCUAUAGAAGCAAAUAUAUUGGGACAAAUGGAACUGUUAAACAUGCAGCAGUAACUCAAUUCGAGCCAACAGAUGCUAGACGUUGCUUCCCAUGCUGGGACGAACCAGCGCACAAAGCUACAUUUGAUAUUACUCUAAAUGUACCAUCGGGUCUUACAGCACUUUCCAAUAUGCCUGUAAAAAGUAAAGAAACAAAUGAAUCAACUGAGACUUUGAUAUUUGAGCGGACCCCAAUUAUGUCAACGUACUUAGUAGCAGUUGUGAUUGGUGAAUUUGAUUACAUAGAAAGUACAGCCGACGAUGUACUAGUACGAGUGUACACUCCGAAGUUAAAAAAAGAACAAGGACAAUUUGCACUAGAAGUAGCAACAAAAGUGUUAAUAUUUUUUAAAGCUUAUUUUGGGAUUGCCUAUCCACUUCCAAAAAUUGAUCUUAUCGCUAUUGCUGACUUCUCAUCUGGAGCUAUGGAAAAUUGGGGUCUAGUCACAUAUCGCGAAACUUGUCUUUUAGUAGAUCCACAAAAUACAUCUGCCGUCAGGAAGCAAUGGAUAGCUUUAGUCGUAGCGCAUGAAUUAGCGCAUCAGUGGUUUGGAAAUCUUGUAACCAUGGAGUGGUGGACGCAUUUAUGGUUGAACGAAGGCUAUGCAUCGUUCGUGGAAUUUUUAUGUGUUUCUUAUUUGUUCCCAGAGUACGAUAUUUGGACACAAUUUGUAACUGACACGUUUAUCAGAGCGUUGGAAUUAGAUGCUUUAAAAAACAGUCAUCCGAUUGAAGUACCAGUUGGUCAUCCUUCUGAAAUUGACGAGAUUUUUGAUGAUAUUUCUUACAAUAAAGGUGCAUGUGUCAUUGGAAUGUUGCACUCUUACAUUGGCGAGAAUGAUUUCCGAAAGGGCAUGAAGUUGUAUUUGAAAAAGCAUAGCUACGGCAACGCAACAACCGGAGAUCUUUGGGCUGCUUUAGAAGAAGCUAGCAACAAAGAUGUACGUAGCGUAAUGUCUGCAUGGACCGAACAGCAAGGUUUCCCCGUUGUUAGAGUCCAACAUCGUCAAGAAGGCAACGAUCGAAUUUUAUCGUUGUCUCAAGAAAGAUUUUUAGCUGAUGGCUCUUCAGACAAUGGAAGCAGCUUAUGGAUUAUACCAAUUAGUAUAAGCACGUCCAAGGAUCCUGAAAAAAGUAUAUUUAAAGUACUAUUGGAUGAAAAAACUAAAGAGUUUCGAGUCACAGAUGUUGCUGAAAACAAUUGGGUAAAGAUUAAUCCCGGAACAAUCGGGUUCUAUAGGACUCACUACAGUCCAGAAGCUUUAUCUCUUUUACUGCCUGCUGUUAAAAAUCAUGAGCUACCUCCUCUGGAUAGGUUGGGUCUAUUAGAUGAUUUGUUCGCUAUGGUACAAGCUGGCCAUGCUUCUACCGUGGAAGUGCUUCAACUCAUGCAGGCAUUUCAACAGGAAGAUAACUAUACCGUUUGGUCUAGUAUAGUCAAUAGCUUAGGGAAAAUCGGAGUUCUUGUUUCUCACUUAGAUUUCGAGGACUCGUUCAUGGCAUAUGGGCGCAAUUUAAUGCGCGAUAUUACCACCAAAUUAGGUUGGGACCCCAAACCUAACGAAAGUCACUUAGACACUCUUCUACGGUCGCUCGUGCUGGGUCGUAUGGCCGCUCUGAACGACGAAGAAACCAUAGAAGAAGCAAAAAAGAGAUUUGAACUACAUGUUUCUGGCACAACACUUCUUGCUGCUGAUUUACGCAGCCCCGUUUACCGAGCUGUACUUUCUGUCGGCGAUGCUGAUACGUAUGAAACAAUGUUAAGGCUCUAUCGAGAAGCAGAUUUGCACGAAGAGAAGGACAGAAUAUUGAGAGCGUUAGGCGCGAUCAAAGAUGAAACUCUAUUAACGAAGGUUCUUGAUUUUGCCAUGAGCGACGAAGUAAGGGCUCAAGAUACGGUAUUUGCUAUCAUGUCGGUAGCAAUGACAUACAAAGGUCGUCUUAUGGCAUGGAACUUCUUUAAGAAAAAUUGGAAAACGUUGCUCGAUCGUUACGGCGGCGGUUUCCUAAUUUCGAGAUUGGUCAAAUUUACCACAGAGAACUUUGUCACCGAAGAAUGGGCCAAAGAUGUCGAAGAAUUUUUCGAGAAUCACCCAACACCCGGAACCGAAAGAACAGUUCAACAGAGUAUCGAAUCCAUCAGAUUAAACGCGGCAUGGCUUUCUAGAGAUAAAGAUUCCAUCAAGGAGUAUCUGACCACUAAUGUUUAGUAGUAACACGAGUUACUUCUUGCAUUGCAUUCUCGUCUCUGUUUUGUUACGGCAUCAUAGUAUUUUCCUUCACAUACAAAAGAUACACGAUUACGUCAUAGUUACUGGUUGUUUCGUUGAAAAUUCUUUGGAGCGACUGUUGAAAAGAUGAUUUGUAAUUUAUUGAAAAAAUGAAUUGUAAUUUAUAGUAUAAUUCGUAUUCCGAUGGCAUUUUUAUAUCGCAGCAUUAACUUUAUGGCAUUUAUUUUCUUCGCAGUUCUAUAAUACACAAACGUGUACUUUUUUCUUCCGAAAUACGAUGUCUUGAAUUUGUGCAUUAGUGUUUAUUACUUUUAUAUAGUAAGUAAAACGGAAAAAAAAGGAAACAAGCGUAUAGUUACAGUAUACAUUUAUAUCACACACCAUAAUUGUGAAAAUUCAAAUAAAUACUUUUACGCUUGUAUCUGAACUAGCAUUUAAAACGCCUUGUUCCACGUUUAACGAACCUGACACACAAUGAGCUAAUUAGACACCAAUUUUAUAUACUUUAUUAAAAGUGUGAAAUAUAAAGAAAAAGAAAA